AUGACCUCUCAGACAGAGCAGAUUGUGGCAGCUCUCGAUGCUGUCCACCCUGAGGCAUUCGGCGGGAACGAGGUAGAGCGUCUUCAGGUUCGCGCAGCAGCUCGUCGACUUCUCGCACGGGUGGAGUCUCCAUAUGAGCGUGCCUGGGGCUUCUGCUUUGAGCAUCCAGUUGCCUUUGCGGCGCUGCAGACCUGCAUCGAUGUGGGAUUGUGGAAGGCGUGGACUAUUUCUGGCGGUGGUGAGAAGAAUAUCGAUGAACUGGUCAAAUUCACCCAGCCCGCAGUGGAGACGAACUUGCUCCGCCGACUGUUCCGUUUGUUGGCGGCUUUCAAUGUAGUCGAGGAGACCGGACAGGACAACUUCAAGCCGACUCCGUUCUCACUCGCCAUCGGCGAUGACAGCACCAAAGUCCGCGCCUCGCUCCAAGCAGCGUUAGUCGCCCUGACCAACCAGUAUAUCUUAUGUGGUCACAACCUUCCCAAAUACCUCGCCAAGAUCAACUACACCGAGCCGACAGACAUUAGCGUCAACAACCACUCAGACUGUGACCCAGAUGGUCUCAACUUCUUCGGCCGGCUGCAGGACAGCCCAUCCUACUUCAAAGCUUUCACAGGACACAUGGAGGCAUGGACAGCAUGGAAGACCCCGUGGACCAAGGUUUACGACACGAACGAGCUGCUGGAAGGAGCCAAGCUGGACGACGGCUCUGCAUUUGUCGUUGACGUAGGUGGAAACACCGGCAUCGACAUCUCCCACGUCCACAAGAAGCACCCAGAGCUUCCUGCCGGUUCUCUCGUCCUGCAAGACCUCCCCGAGAUCAUCGUCAACGCGCAAAUCGACAAGAAGGUCACGGCCAUGGCUCAUGACUUUUUCCUCCCGCAGCCUGUGAGAGGGAGCCGGGUUUACUUCAUGCAUGCCGUCCUGCACGACUGGCCCGACGCAAAGGCUAAGCAAUUGCUCGAAAACACCAAAGACGCCAUGACUGAAGGCUACUCAAAGCUCUUGAUUUACGACAUUGUUCUGCCACCUACCGGAGCGAGUAUCAGCCAGAGUACCAUGGAUGUGAACAUGAUGUCAUUGCUCUCGGCUUCUGAGCGGACGCAGGAGGCGUGGGAGUCGUUGCUUACUGAUUCUGGUUUCAAGAUUGUCAACUUCUGGCCGGAUCCUCAGCAGUACGAGAUGAUUAUUGAGGCCGAGGUUGCGUAG